GUUGGUUAAACUUGGUUUCUGCGACGAUGGCGGCGAUUCAGCGGCUGCUGACGACGGCGUGUGCUGCGCUCCUCGUUUUUUCGCUGGGGAUCGAUGCAUAUCUUCCUGGUGCACGCAUCGCCCCAGAUGUGCUCUCACAGCAGCAGCCAUCGAGGCACACGAGUCCACAAACGAAACUGCACGCCUUCCGGCCAAUGGACAACAGAGCGAGGGAGCAGAGAACCGUCGGCCAAAACCAGGUCAGGCAGACAGAAAGACAAGCAGUAUGCAGACAGGGUGUAUCUAUGCGUGUGUGUGUGUGCGUGUAUGUGUUGGUGGCAGAUGAUGAUAGAGCUGCAGAAGCCGCUGGGCAUCGAGUGGAACCAAGAUGAAUUCGGAAAUGUCUACGUCCGCAAACUCACUCCUGGGUGAGUGAGGGAGGGGAGGAGAAUGACGGGCCCAGCACACUGCAUGUGGAGAUCUGGUCGUUCUCACGCUCUCUCUGUUGCUCACAGCGGCAAUGCGGAUCAGAGCGGAGCCAUCAAGCCGGGCAACCAGCUGCUGAUGGUGAGUGCGGCGUGGGGUGACGAGAUGUGGUCGACCAAGGGCAGCGGUGUCAACAUGGUUGAGACGGCCAUCCGCAACAGGGCCCAGCCGCCAGUCAGGCUCGUCUUCGCCACACCUAAGGGCCAGACAACAGGACCUGCCGUCGCCAAGACCAAGAGCGACGCCGAGGUGAGGAAGAAAUGAGUGGCCACCCGCAGUCGACACACAAAUGGAUCUGUCUGUCUGUCUGUCUGUGUGUGUGUGUGUGUCUGGCUGCAGCUGCUGAAGGAGCUUCAGGCGGAGGAGGACGAGAGGAAAAAGGAUAAGAAGUUCUUCGGGCUUUUCUGAUCAUUGAUUGCGACAUCGGUGUGCAUGUGGUUUUGAGGGUGUGAUGGAUGUGCUGCCUGCACGAAUCGAGUAGAUGGACAGACAAGUGGAUGGAUAGGCUGAAUGCGUCACUGCGUGUGUGCCUGAGUUGCUUUUCUCGUCCAUGCAAUUACUGAUUGUAGAGGACGGACGGUGGACACCUUGCGACUGCGUGCCUGUCUCGAGAAACCGAGUAUUCGGUGCAUUUCUCGGUUUCUCGAGACGAGCAAGCCGCCACAGGGCGUCCUCACCGCUCCUCAAACAAUCAGCCACAUUCAUCGAAGAGUCAGCCACAUUUUUUCAUGGCGAUCCCCGCAGGCUGGCAGCGAGAGGGUCUCCGGCUUUAGCUAAUGGAGGCCACGUCAUCCAUGCAAUGCCACGACAGCGAUUGUUUCCCAGACGCGAUUGUUUCGAUCCCUUGCCGUCAGUCAGUGCGACUGAUGGAAGGGCGAGUUCUCACUUACAUACUAUCGUAUGUUGCUCGCCUCACUUAACGUGCACCUACUGCUCACGUGUGCGUGUCUCUUUUUGGUGUGUGGGCGGGGCGGGGGGCAGUGUGAGCAUGUGUCAUGUGUCCUGUGUCCUCUCUGUGUGUGUGUGAGAUGAUGUGGAUUUGGGCGAUCGGCUUGAUCAGUGCGAUGCGCUUCCGAAC